AUGUUCAGAAAUUCACUGGUAUAUUUGUUCCCUAAUAAUUAUUUACAUGUCCUCUUGAACGAUAUGGUCCAGCUCACAACCACAGUCAGCCUGUUUGUCAUCAGUUAUGUUUUCUAUAAAAUUAAUGUUUCUGUUUGUUGUUUCAUUGUUACCUUUGCUGUUCUCACCUCUUUAAACACCCCAUUAAAUUUAGCUGUGAUGUCUAUAGAGCGCUACAUCGCUGUGUGCUUCCCUCUGAGACACGCUGAGCUCUGCACCGUCAGACGAACUUAUAUUCUGAUUGUCUGGAUUUGGGUUUUGAGUUCUGUGUUAGUUAUACCUGAUAUAUUUCUCAUUGUAGCUACAGAACCUGCAUGGCUGUUUUAUUCCACAGUAUUUUGUGACAGAGAUACUAUAUUCCGACACCCAGUCAGUAUAAAAAAGAGGGAUGUUUCUAACAUAGUUUUAUUAACUGCAGUUUGGCUCACUCUCUUCUGUACCUAUAUAAAGAUUUUCUUUGUUGCUAAAGCAGCUAAUUCAGCUGAUGGAAAAGCUAAAAAGGCCAGAAACACCAUCCUGCUUCAUGGCUUUCAGCUCCUCUUAUGUAUGCUGACAUAUGUGUACCCUAUGUUCAGAAAUUCACUGGUAUAUUUGUUCCCUAAUAAUUAUUUACAUGUCCUCUUUGUUUGGUACAUCAUCAUCCAGAUUCUCCCCAGGUUUGUCAGUCCCAUUGUHUACGGACUACGAGACAAUGUCUUUAAACAGCAUUUAAGAAAACAUUUGCUCUGUGUUAUGAAAACAGGAAAUGAACCACAGCUUUCAGUGAAACUUGUAAUGUUUUUUAGAAUUGAACCUACACAAAAAAUUGUUGGGAAGAAAUAG